UUUCUCUUCUUCCAACGACCUCUUUAACAUGGCGGCGCGCGCAAAGACUUCACUCCGGGCGUGGCUCUCGGACCCGUCGACGUACCCGAUCAUUGCGAUCGUGUCCUUCGCCGCGAGCAUGGCGACCUUCCACGGUGUCCGCUACGUUCGGACGAGCCCGGAUGUGUCGAUCAGCAAGGAGCGCCGAAGCGACCUCUUCCACCGCAACGAAGAAGAAGGCAGUGCAUUUCGCGCCCACCGCGUGGACCUUGCUCAUCUCAAGUCCAACCGCAUCACGCAAGAGAAGGACUUUGCCACGUUUCGCGAGCGCCAUACCAGCGACGACGCCAACUAACUUUUUUUGAAACAUGUACAUGUUGUCUAUAUUGCGA